UUGCCAUCCCUGAUCGCGCAGAGCAUGCUAAGCUACGUUGGGGGAGGGGGGUCACUCAGCGAGUAUCUUCCUAGUCCUGAAUACAAGAAGACCGUCUUGGAGCUCGAUAAACCGGCGAGAGAAUGUGUUGUGGCUUGCUGAUAGUCUUAAGUCUCACCAUGCAGCAAGCAAACAUCCUCACUCCCUUCUUUCCUCAAUGCAUGUCGGAGUACGAGCUUGACCAGGUCAUCCAAGCUGACUACCCCCGCUGGCUAACCACCCCUUUGAAUGAGCAGACAGACUUCGCUACCACAAUCUCCUCGGUGGUUAUAACUCCACGAUCGAUCGCGAAUUAG